UGGGAGGCGUCAGAGAUGCAGGGUUCCGUUUCUCCGAGCGUGACUCCUCCCCGUCGGGGGCGGGAGCCAGGGAGAACCAUCCUGGCACGAGAUAACCGGGAGGAAUCUAGGCAGCCCCGAGGAGGGGAGGCAGAGUCUGCACCUGCGCCCAAGGUCACUGGGCAGCCGGCAGACACGUAGUGCGCGCCUCAGGCCAGACAAGUGGCGCUAAGGACGGGUCAGUCCCCUGGGCUGCUCUGGCUGUAUCUCGAUCAAGUGUCCUCCGGUCCAUGGGACAGGCCGUUGGCCUCCGCCUGUCCAGCCUCUGACUCACUUGACUGGUGACCAGAUAGCUGGAAAACCACACCCCCAUCCCGCGCCGCCCCUGCUCCCAUCUCUGGCAUUUGUAGGGAAAUCACUCCCCAAGUCACGCCUAAGGUUACAGAGGGUUGUUAGAGAAGGUCCUAGAGCUGGAACUGCUGUGGUGGUCCUGAUACUAGACCCGUGGCUGCCAUCUCUCCCAGGUCCCUGCUUCUCUUAGAAGAGCCAUGGCUCCAAAGCGCAAGCCCCAGGUGCAACGUGAGGGCCCCGCAAAAAAGAAGGGGCGGCAGGGGGCAGAGGAGGAGGACAGCUUCCGCUCCACUGCUGAGGCCCUCAGAGCUGCACCCACAGAGAAGCACAUGGUCCGAGUGGACCCAGCAUGCCCGCUCAGCCACACCCCUGGGACCCAGCCUGACUCCUGUCCCCGUCAGACCCCUGUCCAUGUGCGGGCAGGUACCCUGGCCUACCCAAGGGCAGCCCAAGCGGUCCUGCCCCCCACGCCCCUCUGGCCCCAGGUGCAUGAGGACUGCGCCUGCACCCUGAACCAGACCAACGUCGGAAGCAACAACAACAAGCUUUACAUCAUCCAGCUGCUGGAAGAGGGUGACCGCUUUGCCUGCUGGAACCGCUGGGGCCGUGUGGGAGAGGUGGGCCAGUCAAAGCUCAGCUACUUCAAGUUACUGGAGGAUGCAAAGAAGGACUUUGAGAAGAAAUUUUGGGACAAGACCAAGAACAGCUGGGUGGAGCGGGACCACUUUGUGGCCCCCAUCCUGGGCAAGUACACGCUUAUCGAAGUGCAGGGAGACGACGAGGCCCAGGAAGCCGUGGUGCAGGCUCCGCUCCGGCUGUGCCCAGCUGCUCCCGCCCAUCCGAGCCCUCUACCCCUAGGUGGAUGGAGGCCCAGUGAGGACCGAGGUGCAGCGCGUGCGGCCCUGCUCCCUAGACACAGCCACGCAGAAGCUCGUCACCAGCAUCUUCAGCAAGGACAUGUUCGAGAAUGCCAUGACCCUCAUGAACCUGGAUGUGAAGAAGAUGCCCCAGGGAAGCUGAGCAAGCAGCAGAUUGCACGGGGCUUCGAGGCUUUGGAGGCCCUGGAGGUGGCGCUGAGAGCCCCCGCGGAUGGUGGCCUCAGCCUGGAGGAGCUGUCCUCCCACUUCUACACCGUCAUUCCCCACAACUUCGGCCGCAACCGGCCCCCGCCCAUCAACUCCCCUGAGCUUCUGCAGGCCAAGAAGGACAUGCUGCUGGUGACGUUCAGCAGGGGGGCAGGCAAUGGGGCAGACGGACAGACGGGGCAAGGGAGACGGGGGACACAUGGCCAUGAAGGCCCAGAGAGGUGGACGGAAUGGGUAGCCGGAAGGACGGGGAGGGAAAAGCCAGGCAGAUGGCUGGGGUGGGGGUGCACGGGCGGACAGACAGGUGGGGUGGCCGUGCUCCCAGUCGUGUGGGAGGGAGGAGGCUGGGAGUCGAGCGGACAGACAAGCUGCCCGUGCCCAUCACUUUGGGUGCUGGCAGACAUCGAGCUGGCCCAGACCCUGCAGGCGUCCCCCGAGGAGGAAAAGGGGGAGGAGGUGCCACACCCACUGGACCGGGACUACCAGCUCCUUAAGUGCCAGCUCCAGCUGCUGGACCCAGAGGCAGCCGAGUACAAGGGCCUGAGGAGAGCUCUGGGACUGCAGGCAGCAGUGGGGCUUGUCCACACAUCUCUCCACCUUGGCACCCAGCUUCUGCUUUUCCUGCAGGUGAUCCGUAACUACCUAGAGCAGACUGGCAACAGCUACCGGUGCCCAGCUCUUCAGCAUGUUUGGAGAGUGAACCGAGAAGGGGUGGGAGACAGGUUCCAGGCCCACUCCAAGCUGGGCAAUCGGAGGCUGCUGUGGCACGGCACCAACGUGGCGGUGGUGGCCGCCAUCCUUACCAGCGGGCUCCGCAUCAUGCCGCAUUCUGGCGGCUGCGUUGGCAAGGGCAUCUACUUCGCCUCGGAGAACAGCAAGUCAGCUGGCUAUGUUACUGGCAUGUCCUGCGGAGCCCACCAAAUUGGCUACGUGUUCCUGGGCGAGAUGGCACUGGGCAGAGAGCACCACAUCACCAUUGACGAGCCCAGCUUGAAGCAGCCACCCCCUGGCUUCGACAGUGUCAUUGCCCAAGGCCACACAGAGCCUGAUCCAACCCAGGACACUGAGCUGGAGCUGGAUGGCUAGCGAGUGGCGGUGCCCCAGGGCCGGCCUGUGCUCUGUGAGGAGUUCAGCAGCUCCCAGUUCUCCCAGAGCGAGUAUCUCAUCUACCAGGAGAGCCAGUGUCGCCUGCGCUACCUGCUGGGGGUUCACCUCUGAGCUGUCUGCCUACCCCUGCCCCGGGGCCUGCUGGCGGCUAGACCAUCAGCCUUAACCUUCCUGCCCAUCUCUGGUGCCCCCAAAUCUCCCUCUUGUGUCACAGACAAUGAUCCCUCCUCCCUCCAAUCUCUGCCAGCCCUGGCACGGCCAGGGCCCCGGAGUCUCACCUCUUAAGGGGACGGGCAUGAUGGACCACCGUGAUUCCUGGGCACAGAUACAGCAGCCCGUUCAAGUUAGAAGAGCACAGGCUAAGAGUGGGUGGAAUCCCACAUGCACCCGGGCUGUCCACCCUGACCGAGAUGCUCUGUCCGAGAGGUGUGAGUGCCAGGCGAGGCUGAACUUCAAGCAUAUAAUAGCAAGUCUAUUAAAGAUUGUCUCCGCUCA